UUACACGCCAGCUGAUACGGCGCAGUCCGCUGCGGUACCGCGGUCGGAGCGCAUGCGCAUCGCGCAACACGUACGAACUAAUCCGAAAAAUUAAAUGAUAAUUAAAUAAAAUGAAUUAAAAAAUGCGCGCGUCACGUAAAUAUAUCCGCGUCAUUAAGCUAUUGCUCGCUGGUGUUACGGUUUUCUGCGUCAGUUGGAUCGCUAGCGUCAAUGAGUGGCACUCGGGGGUGCGCUGGGUUGAGAGACGGGGUGGCCGGAGUGGCCGCGGUAGCCAUAAGGGCCAGGGUGACCUGGUAGAAGGGCUGGCCACCAUGAGAACGAUCGUAGCUUACUCUGAAGGCAAACAGGCAGAGAUGGACCGACCUUUGCCAGUGGCGUGCGAUCGUAUGCCUGCGUUCCCGAAAAUACCAUAUUUUAAUCGUAGCUGGUCACCGCACGUGUCUGAGGACAGCUGGCAGCGAGUGCAGGGCACCACUGUGUCGGUGUACGCGGCCUACUACGACAUCAGGACCACGCAGCGCUACGUGCGCAUUCUUGCCAUUUUUCAUGGUCGAAACAUCUCAUCUGAAGAACCAUUGUUUUGUCAAACUCGUCCACUUAAUGCUAAAGAAGAGUCAAUUGAAGUUGUUGCAGCAAAGGCUUUAGAAAUGUGGUGGCAUGAAUGGGAUGCUACAUCCAGUGAAGUUGAAACCCCGCUAUUACUGUCUUGCCCUUUAACAGAUGAUUUGAAUAGUCUCUCCGUUGUGUCGAUUGUUACUGAGCCGUGUGAUGAUCCUAGUAACGCGUUUGUGUUAAAUCCAACAGAUGGACUCAUCAAUUACAAACGAUCAUUCACAAUAUGUGUUAAAGAUAUGAAAUUCUCUAAUAACAUAGCGCAGAACUUAGUCGAAUGGAUAGAAACUAAUAAAAUACUAGGAGUUGAUCUUAUAGAUGUGUAUAUUGACGAGAUAAAUAAAGAGACUGAAGAAGUUUUACUGCAUUAUAAAGAUCAAGGUUAUGUUAGAUUAUUUAAUGUUCCUAUAAAACAUACAACAAAUAGAACGUUGUGGCAACGCAGAAGAGAUCAUCUUAUAACUUAUAAUGAUUGUUUAUAUAGAAAUUUAGCAGAAUCAGAGUAUAUUCUACCUUUAGACGUAGAUGAAAUAUUACUGCCAAAAAUAGCUUUUAAUCUACCAGAAUUAUUAAUACGUUUAAGAACGUACGGCUGGAAUCCGAAAGAAUAUUCAUCUAUUUUGGUACAAAAUGUUUUCUUUUUUGAUUUUAUGCAAGGUGUGCAUAAAUAUAAAUUUACUGAAAAUAAUUCUAAGAUUAGUAAAAUUUAUGUUAAACGUGAUGACGUGAGAAUUAAGAGAGCUCUGGAUUUAGAUAUAGAUAAAAUAGAAGUAGAAGAUAAUAGUUUAAGAACAUAUAAAACGACUGAUUUAAAUAAUUUAGAAAGUAAUAAGCAUAAAUGUGAUAAAGAAAUUCCUAUUCCUAAGUUAUCUCGGCAUAUAGUCCGAUCAGCGCUGGUUAGUCCCGUUGGCUACUACAGUAAAAGCCUGAUGCUAACGAGAAGAGUAUUAACUGCAUUUAAUCACUAUCCUCUGGCUAAUCUCGGUGUAGCUGGUUUCGCCGGAUGGUCGGCACCGUUCAGCGAGGUUCAACUCAAUCACUACAAGGAGUCAUGCAACACAACAAUGGUGUCGGAGUGCGAGCGGUAUGUGGUGCGCGCGCGCAUCGACCGCACCGCACUACGUCUGCAACCGCGUCUCACUCACGCCCUCUCUGCGCUCUGCCAGAAAAUUAAAGCUUUGUAAAAUCAAAUUGCAUUUUUUAUGUCUUUAUCUACUCAUUUGGUACACACAAUUAUCACUGAUAUUUACAUUAUUUCUUGGAAAGAGCGUCUAGAAAUACAGGAAUAUAGGCAAUACCACCACAUCAAAACACGAAUCGGACAUUUUUAAUUUAU